AUGUCGACUUCUGUUCAGAAUCCGAACGUCGGGGCAAACCUACCGAUACCCACGGAGAACACGGGUACCAACAACCCGGAUUCUGGCGACCUCAUCGACACUGCUACGGCUAUGUCCGCCCUCGUGGAUAUCCUUGAUGGCCAGCCCAACACGCCUCCCUCGCUGUACAUCGACCUCGAGGGAGUUUACCUUUCUAGACAUGGCACUAUAUCCAUUCUUCAAAUCUACGUUCUGCCUCGUCGCAGGGCCUACCUCAUCGACGUCCACAUCCUCGGUGAAAAGGCGUUCUCCACCCUCAGUUCAACCACGGGCCGUACCUUCAAGGACAUUUUGGAGUCAGAGACGAUCCCUAAGGUCUUCUUCGACGUCCGUAACGACUCAGAUGCGCUAUUUAGCCACUUCCAGAUCCGUCUCGCAGGCGUCCAGGACCUGCAGCUGAUGGAGCUCGCUACGCGCACGUAUUCGCGGAGAGUCGUCUGCGGGCUGGCCCGCUGCAUUGAGCGCGAUGCCUCUCUGAGCACGUCGGUGCGGAGUUCCUGGAUGACGACCAAGGAGCGAGGCACCAGACUUUUUGCGCCCGAACGUGGGGGCAGUUACCAGGUGUUCAAUGAGCGGCCUCUCAAUGAGGAAAUCAGGCGCUACUGUGUUCAGGACGUCCAUCUCCUCCCCCGGUUGUGGGCGCACUAUUACGGUAAGCUCACGAAGGAUUGGGAAAGAAGGGUGCUUGAGGCGUCGCGGGACAGAGUGGCGCUGUCUCAGACGCCCGGGUUCAAUGGUAAAGGACAGCAUAUGGCACUGGCACCGGCUGGUUGGUCUUGGAUGUAA